ACGUUUCUUACCAGAGCUGAAAUCGUUACACUGCGGGUCGGACGUUACUGUGCUCUUUAGGCUUUCUGUUCCCGGCGGCCGAUCGGGACUAGCAAGUCACUGGGGAGUGCGUAUUAAAGGCACUUCAGCUAGCAGGCGCAACCCGUCCAGAAGCAUGGCUGACACAAAGCCGCGCCUCUACGGCGUUGGUGUGAAGGCUCUACGCCUACAGGUUGUGGCUGCCGUGGCGGGUGUGGAGCUGGACGUGCCUUGCUUCACCGAGGGGCUGACCAACCAGACGCCCGCCUACCUGCGCCUCAGCCCGGAGGGUGCCUUCCCACUGCUUGUUACCCCAGACGGCGCUGCGCAUGCAGCCCCCGCACCGGCGCUUAAGGCGCUGAUCGGCGGCGGCGCUGCUGCUGCCAAAUGGCUCGACUGGGCCGCAGCCACCGACGCCUUCGUACCCGGCUGGAUCGAUGGCCUGCUCGGCCAGGCGCCGUACAGCGAAGCCACCGCAGCAUCUGCUUCCAACCGCUUCCGCGCGCACCUAGCCGCUCUGGAGUCCGCGCUGGCAGCCAGCCCCUACGCAACCCUGGGUGCAGGGGCCGCUGUGGACGCCGCAGUCGCCAUGUCGGUGUUCGUCUUCUACGUCACGGUCAUGGACGAGAAGCUCCGCUCCGAGCUGCCGAAGACCUCGGCCUUCCUGGCGAGCGUGUACGGCAGCCCUGCCGUACAGGCGGCGCUGAAGGGCCUGCCCGUGGCUGCCCCGGCGGCUGCCAUGGCGCCGGGCGCUGCCUCGCCGCUCGCCGCGUUCGAGUCGGUGCUGACUCAGCCCUGGUCGGGCGCGCGCACGCGUGCUGCGUUCAACGAGUUCUUUGAGACCAAGGGACACACGUACUGGGCUAGCAGCAGCGUGGUGCCGCACAACGACCCCACGCUCCUCUUCACCAAUGCGGGCAUGAACCAGUUCAAGCCGGUGUUCCUGGGAACCGUGGACCCCAACUCGGACAUGGGCAAGAUGAAGCGCGCCUGCAACAGCCAGAAGUGCAUCCGCGCAGGCGGCAAGCACAACGACCUGGACGAUGUGGGCAAGGACGUGUACCACCACACGUUCUUCGAGAUGCUGGGCAACUGGUCCUUCGGGGACUACUUCAAGGAGGAGGCCAUCAGCUGGGCCUGGGAGCUGCUCACAAAGUGGUACAAGCUGCCCGCCGAGCGGCUGUACGCCACCUACUUCCGCGGAGACCCCUCCCAGGGCCUGCCCGCCGACGACGAGGCCCGGGAGAUCUGGCUGCGCUUCCUGCCGGAGAGCCGCGUGCUGCCGUACGGCAACAAGGAGAACUUUUGGGAGAUGGGCGACCAGGGCCCCUGCGGCCCCUGCACAGAGAUCCACUUUGACCGCAUCGGCGGUCGCGACGCGGCUGAGCUGGUGAACGCGGACGACCCCAACGUGCUGGAGAUCUGGAACAACGUGUUCAUCCAGUUCAACCGGGAGCCGGAUGGCUCGCUCAAGUCGCUGCCCGCCAAGCACGUGGACACGGGCAUGGGGCUGGAGCGCAUCACCUCGGUGCUGCAGGGCAAGAUGUCCAACUACGCCACCGACGUGUUCGGUCCCAUCUUCGACGCCAUCCAGCAAGUCACCGGUGCCCGGACGUACACUGACAAGGUGGGCAAGGACGAUGUGGACGGGGUGGACAUGGCGUACCGAGUGGUGGCCGACCACAUCCGCACGCUCUCCUUCUCCAUCGCCGACGGAGCGCGCCCUGGCAACGAGGGUCGCGACUACGUGCUGCGACGCAUCCUGCGCAGGGCCGUGCGCUACGGUCGCGAGACGCUGGGCGCCAAGGAGGGUUUCUUCGCGGGCCUGGUGGACGUGGUGGUGGCCAACUUUGGCGGCUUCUUCCCGGAGCUGGUGCGGCAGCGAGACACCAUCUACUCGGUGCUGCGGGAGGAGGAGGCGGCGUUCAGCCGCACGCUGGUCAAGGGCAUUGAACGCUUCAAGAAGGCCGCCACCUCCGCCACCGACCACAAGAUCCCCGGCUCCGAGGCCUUCGUGCUGUGGGACACGUACGGCUUCCCGGUGGACCUGACGCAGCUGAUGGCGGAGGAGCGCGGCAUGACGGUGGACAUGGCGGGCUACGAGGCGGCCAUGAACGAGGCCAGGGAGAAGUCGCGACAGGGCGGCAAGAAGGCCGCGGGCACUGGUAUCAAGUUCGAGGCGGAGGCCACCGGCUGGCUGCAGGCCAAGGGUGUGCCGCUCACGAACGACGCCCCCAAGUACGGCAGCAGCGACGUCACCGCCCGCGUGCUCGCCAUCCUGACCCCGGCCGGCUUUGUGGAGAGCAGCGCGGAGGCGGCGGACGCGGACGGACCCGUGGGUCUUGUGUUUGACGCGACCAGCUUCUACGCGGAGAGCGGCGGCCAGAUCGGCGACACGGGCGCGGUGCGGGGACCGGACGGCGCUUCGCUGGUGGUGUCCGACUGCCAGGUCGCUGCCGGCUACGUGCUGCACGUGGGCGAGGCCUCGGGCUCCUUCCGCGUGGGCGACCAGGUGACGGUGGCGGUGGACUACGAGCGCCGCGGCCUCAUCAAGCCCAACCACACCUUCACGCACGUCCUCAACUUUGCGCUCAAGUCCACCCUGGGUGAGCAUGUGGACCAGAAGGGCUCCAUCGUGCUGCCGGACAAGCUGCGCUUCGACUUCUCCAACGCGGGCCCCGUGGAGGCGGCGCAGCUGGCGGCGGUGGAGAAGAUCUGCCGCGAGGCGGUGGCGGCGGCGCUGCCGGUGUACGGCAACGAGGUGCCGCUGGCGCAGGCGCGCGCCAUCAACGGCCUGCGUGCCGUAUUCGGGGAGGUGUACCCCGACCCGGUGCGGGUGGUGUCCAUCGGCCGGGCGGUGGAGGAGCUGCUGGCAGACCCCGCGGCCGCCACCAACGCCGCCUUCUCUAUUGAGUUCUGCGGCGGGACGCACCUGAGCAACACCGCCGAGGCUGAGGCCUUUGCGCUGCUGAGCGAGGAGGGUAUCGCCAAGGGCGUGCGCCGCAUUGUGGCCGUCACCCGCGGGGAGGCGGUGCGCGCCAUUGAGGCGGCUGCGCGCAUGCGGGCGGAGCUGGCGGCCAUUGCGGCGCUGCCGGACGAGCAGCUGGAGAAGGCGUGCAAGGCGUUCAAGGAGUCCGUGGACGCUGCGGUGAUCCCGGCCGCCGACAAGGCCGCGCUGCGAGAGGAGCUGGCGGCGCUGGGUCGGCGGGUGGUGGAGUACCAGAAGGCGGCGGCCGCGGCCAACAAGGCGCUGGCGGCGGAGAAGGCGGUGGUCGCCGCGGACGCAGCCGUGGCGGCCGGCAAGGCCUUUGUGGUUGGACGGCUGGACGUGGGGUUGGACACCAAGGCGACUGCGGAGGCGUGCGCCGCCAUCACCGCCAAGCACCCGACCCUGGCGGCGCUCUUCGUGUCAGUGGACGCGGAGAAGGGCAAGGCACUGGCGUACGCGGGGGUGCCGGAUGCCCUCAUCAGCAAGAUCAAGGCCAACGAGUGGGUGUCAGCGGCGCUGGCGCCUCUGGGCGGCAAGGGCGGCGGCAAGCCGGGCAGCGCGCAGGGUCAGGGCCCCAACGUGGAGAAGGCGGAGGAGGCACUGGCGGUCGCUGCGGCGUUUGCCGAGGCCAAGCUCCAAUAAGGGGAUGGGUCUGGCUGUGUGGUGGUGGCGGUGGUGAUUGCACAAUUUCUGAAGUUAUUGAGUGCAGGGUGGGGCGACGUGUGGAGCGUGGAGGGUGUGACGAACCAGUGGGGGUGGCGAUGUGUGCUAGGUCGCCACAGCCGGGGGCUGUGACAUGAUGUAGCGCUGUGUUCACAGUAACGUAAUAUACGGAUGGCGCCUCUUUGCAGCAACCGUAGUCCAAAUGUGUUUCGACUGACAGACAGGAUGUUGCCGCUUGCGGCUUGCAGAUUCAGAACACACAGCCUGCAAGGGCUCUGAGGGCAGCCCGCUUGCGUGAUGACGCUAGUGCCGUAUUCGAUGUGGCCUGAGGGAUAGCAGGAUGAAGUGUCUCCCAAAAGCGCUGAUUAUGUACGCUUCUGCGAUACAUGGGGAGUUUGCAUGCACAGGGUUGGAAUCCUUUCGUCUUAAGUGGAAUUCUCUGCAGGCCGAGUAGGGCAGUCAUGUUGGCAUCAUGUGCGAAUUUUAGCCAGGAGUGGCCUCUCCCGAAAGCCCCGUCGUACCAACCCAGAUGGGGCAGGUCUUAUAGCUCCUUGGUUACUCCCGAAUGUGCAUAACCGCAACCUCCUUUCUCC